AUGGCUCCUGAGGCGUGGUGGCGGACCUGCGGACGCGGCAGCUCCGCGCCUGGUCAGCAGUAUCCGCUAUCCGCCCCCGCCUCCCACACACCCCGUUACGUCCCAUAUCCGCCUUCGGGAAAGGACGUGGCGCGCCAUCGUAUGGGCGCCGAUGAGGAGGAAGGCGCGCCAAAUCCGGCCCUGAUAGACACCAAUUACUAUUAUCGGCCCAACGGCUGCCCACGGCGACGCGGCCGGCAGACCUACACGCGCUUCCAGACGCUGGAGCUGGAGAAAGAAUUCCACUUUAACCACUACCUGACGCGACGCCGGCGGAUCGAAAUCGCCCACGCGCUCUGCCUGACGGAGCGCCAGAUCAAGAUCUGGUUCCAGAACCGCCGCAUGAAGCUCAAGAAGGAGCUGCGCGCGGUCAAGGAGAUCAACGAGCAGGCGCGCCGCGAGCGCGAGGAGCAGGACCGCCUGAAGCAGCAGCAGGAGAAGAAGCUGGAGCAGCAGCAACAACAGCAACAGCAACAGCAACAGCAGCAGCAGCAGCAGCAACAGCAGCAGCAGGCGCCGCCGCAGCAGCCGCCGCAGCAGCACCACACCAUCAGCCACCAUCUGCACGACCAACACAAGCUGGGGCUGGAGAAGGCCCCUCCGGGCGCGGACCUGCUCAAGGCGGUGGCCAAGGUGCCCACCUAGAUGCCGGAGCCACUCUGCGACCUGCCGCUGGACGAGCUGCUGCCCACGGCCACGCCUCCAGCUCCAGCCUGGACCGGGUUCCCCUACUUCCAGUAGGGCCGCCGCUCUGGCCACGGCAGGUUCCAGAGGGACCCCGUAUCCGCCCGCCGGAUAACGCUACUACGGAAGCAGUGGUACCAGCAAGGCCUGAGGCCUUCCAAGAGAGAACUCAACUCCGGAGUCGAGA